AUGCGUUGUAAUAAAGUAUUCAAAUAUCUUCGUGACUUGCGACUAAAUGUCACUGGGACAGUUAACGGUUUGCAGUAUGCAGAAAAGGUUGUGCUCAUUGUCUUGGGGCUAUUCAGUGUUAAGUUUUUGGCUGAUGUUGUGGUGGAUGUAUAUUGGUUAAGACAUCAGAAACUACCUCCAAGAACAUGCCGAUGUAAUAAUGAAAAUGUAAGUAAAACCAAUACAUGGUAAAGUUGCUCUGUAAAAUGUAUUAAAUGCCACUUGUUCUAAUUUUAGUUUUGCUUUACGGGUCUCGACGCAACUCUCUCGCAUAUCAAUGGGUCUGCUUUCCCUUGCGAGCUGUAUCCUUAUAUCCAGAACUUUAACUUGCUUCAAAACGAUAUCAACAACAUUCCCAAUGACUUCGGUAAACUGGAAAACGAUUGGACUCCAGUAUUUGUAACUUCUGCCUCAUCCAAUCACUUUUAUGAAUUACGACAAUACGUCAAUGUCAUACGGAUAAAUUAUAAGAAAUCAAAGAUUGUUGUCUACGACGUUGGUCUCAAUGGAGCCAUGGUAAGAGUUUUCGAUUGGUGUUCUUGUUGUUUUAGACUACCUUGUAGCCCUUAAUAAUUUCAGGUUGAUGAAGUCAAAAGCUGGUGUCUAGUCGAAUAUCGUUAUUUUAACUUCAAGCGAUAUCCAGGACAUGUAAAUCAACUGAUGAACUACGCGUUUAAAAUAGUUAUUGCGGAUGCUUUAAAGACAUAUAAGAACUUCUUUUACACUGAUACCAGUGUUCGGUUUCUUAAAAAUUUUCAUAUUGAUAUCGUCAGGGAAUUGAACCGAGGAUCGAUCUUACCCUUUAUGACAUUUACGUUCUCUGACCAUGGAAUCUACGGGGCCACCGAUCCGGGUAAGCAGCCAUUGUAGUUUCUUUAUUCGUUCUCAUCGGCUAUUCUCAAACAAAAUUAGAUGAUUUUUAAAUUCAGGUAUGCUACAGUAUAUCCCCGUUCCUUCCAACCUCACCAAAUCCAAGGAAUGGCAAAGCACAUUGCUCGUAACUGACUCCAAAUACACUCGAACUCUUUUAAAGUGGUUUGUUCUAUGCGCUCUGACUGAAGACUGUAUUUCCCCACCAACGGCUCAACUAAAGUGUAAUUUCUACGUGGAAAACAAGAUAACCAUGGAGAUGGGAUGUCAUCGAUACGACCAGACAUUCUGGAAUCUGUAUCAACUCUCGUAUAUAUUCGAUCCAAUCCAAAGAGGAGCUUUAAAAAUGGGAUUAAUCGAUAAAUGGCCUGAGGUAAUGGGAGAAAAAGAAGUGAGAAAUAUACUAACUCAAAUGGGAUAUCGAUGGGUAACAUACUCAAAGAGCUUUAGGACAAAGAGGAAUGAUGUGCUGUAUGGGAAAAUGAACAAUUCAUGUGUUUUAUAG